CAGGCCGCAGCCCUGACCAACAGUGUACGUGGGUGCACAGCUGAAGACUGGGAGUGUACUGCUUUGUUAAACAUAAAGAUAGCGUGUGUGUCUUGGCAGUGUCUGAUCGCCGAAUAAAUGUUACGUAUUCUUCACAUGUCUUUGAAUUUUGAGUCGGAGCGGCAGCUGUGCGCGUGAGAGUCUUCUGUCGGCGCUUCCUGGUCAAACAGCCGCGGGGACAUCGUUAGCUGGACGGACUGAGUGCUCGUGCAGGAGCCGCUGCUGGACCAGCCUGUCGGUCUGACAUGGCGGAGAGCGGCUCGUCGGUUGAACUCUCCGGCUCUCUGACGAGCUCGAGUCUUCCGCCGCCGAGGACCCGCAUCUUCAAGAUAAUCGUGAUCGGGGACUCGGGUGUCGGGAAGACCUGCCUCACCUACCGCUUCUGCGCCGGCAAGUUCCCCGAGAAGACCGAGGCCACGAUCGGCGUGGACUUCAGGGAGAGGCUGGUCGAGAUCGACGGCGAGAAAAUCAAGAUCCAGCUCUGGGACACCGCAGGUCAGGAGCGCUUCAGGAAGUCCAUGGUGCAGCACUACUACCGCAACGUGCACGCUGUUGUCUUCGUCUACGACGUCACCAACGCUGCCAGCUUCCGCAGCCUCCCAGCCUGGAUCGAGGAGUGCAAGCAGCACGCUCUGGGCACCGAGGUUCCCAGGAUCCUAGUUGGAAACAAGUGCGACCUCCAAGACUGCAUCCAAGUGGGCACAGACGUGGCGCAACAGUUCGCGGACACCCACUCCAUGCCCCUGUUUGAGACGUCAGCAAAGAACCCAAACAGCCAGGGAGACGGAGACUAUGGUGGGGGAAACAGUGACCAUGUUGAGGCCAUUUUUAUGACGGUGGCCCACAAGCUGAAGUCUCAGAAGCCUCUGGUGUUGAGCCAGCCUCCUGUUGGAUCAGGGGGUACCAUCAACCUGGGCAGGGGGAGGGAUGAUGGGGGAGAUGGGGGUAGGGGCUGGGGCUGCAGCAGCUGCUGAGGGAGAUAACUUCAGCUGAGGCUGCACAGGACUCAAGAGAUUUGAAGAAGGAGCUGAGGAAAGAGUGGAGAGUAAUUUGAGGGCAGUAUUUACAGUAUGAUUAUUGUUUUAAAAUGCAGAAAUCUAUUGUUUUCUUCCUUCAAAAAACUUCAGUGGCCUGAACCAGUUUUAAUUAACUUUAUCUUCAUGGGAUCUGUGGAAACAGAAAACAAGAAGAUUGGAGAGUGCAUUAAUAAAUAAGAGAUUUGGGGGAGAGAAAUCUCAUAGUAAUUUUCUUUCUUUACGACAAAGCUUUACUCAGACCUGAUGGAAGAGCAGAAUUUCAUUUCUUCAUGCGGAUUUAUCGGGGCAGACAAAAUAACAGAACACAUGAUGAUUUACCACUUCUUUCAACAGUCAGAAGUUUUAUUCUGGUAAGUUUUGCCAUGCUAUCAAAAUAUUUCGAUGUAAAAAAUACAAGGAUUCGCUCAUAAAAACAUUGCUCCAUAGUGGCUGCUUCUAGUGGACUCCACUGUGUCCAAGGUCUUAAAACUUUGGAGCAGGAGCCAGCUUAAUGCACUUACGUCAGUGGACAUUGUCCCUUAGUACUUCACAUUUCCAAACAAACUGAACAGAAAAAACACCAAUCAAGGGCAUUUGGGGCCCCUGGGAUAGUUGCCUGUUGUGCGUGGUUGGUAAUGCAGUCUUGAGUCAGGGAUGUGUCCUAAACCAUCUGAUUAGAUUGGUCCAGUCAGGGUGGGUCCAGCUUAUUAUUGUGAGAUGGCCUGGGGUUGUUACAGAUUUGAGCAACGGAUUGGCGAGAGAAAAAAUAAAGGCCAGAGGCUCUGGCAGUGUGAGCACUCGCCUUCUUUUAAAGCCCUUUUGGUGAGUAGAAUCACUCGUCUUUGGCCACUACGAGCAUUUUCUCAAGAGAAGGUCAUGUCCCUCUUAAGACUGUGUUAAAGUGGUCACUCAUAGUGAUGAACCUAAUGAGAAUUAUCACUUGGAGCUCCCCUCAACAAGCGAGUUUCAGCUCAUUGUUUUGCUGUCCAGCGGGCGGCUUUUACUGUUUUGCUUCACUGACCCCUCUCAUAGUGUUGUUUGUGGCCACAGCAGGCAGCUGUUUUUAGGGAAAAGCUCUAAAAUCCACUCUACCCUACCGCCUCAGCACAGACAGACAGUUAGCGACUAGCUGGUGAGCGUAGUGCAGCAUUUAGGAUCUAAAAAGCGAGAUAUUUCACUCACUUUAUCACCAAAUACAGAGCUAAGUUAAGCAUUCACCAAAUGAAUGACAAUGUUGCUACAUACUGUAAAUAACAGUUUAACAACUUUGUUGGAGUACAAACUGUUCGCUUGCUAACUGACCGUUAGCUGAUUUUAGCAAGUUGUUUUUACCCAUUUCAAAACUCUUUUUUGAACAAAUUGUGUACAAUGGUGAAUAAAUCGUGAGGAGAGAAUAAACAACCCAGUAGAGAGACAAUAGACAGACACUUUGAGAGCUGUGACUGACUACUGCUAGCUCUGCUGGCUAGUGUGUUAGCAGUUAGCUCGCCAGCUACAGUAGUUAGUAGCAAUAAGUAACCAACUAUUCAUAGGUAUGUUGGAGAUGACUGUGGCUGACUUUCACAGACUUGAUAGUCAAAUGGAGCAUUUGCAAAGAAAAUUGCUGUGAGAUCAGUCAAAAAGUGGCGCCAACUUUGUGCAGCCAGAGAUAAGCAACUGCGGCCGCCUUGCUCCCGCGAGGUGUUAAUAUCAUGUGACAUGGGGACGUCUUGCAGCGCCGGCGAAAGUCUGACACAAUUUUUAACCAGCAUGCUCUAUGUUAGGUCCAGCAUGCUUCAUGUUAAGUCAGCGCUGCGUGCACCAAAAGUUUUGUUUACAGCUUAUUUCCACUGCCCCCAAGUGGGCCGAAAAAUCAGUAUAACAGGUUUUAAAUGCAGGCCGCUGUUAUCACCUAUUGAACCCUUUCAAUCUGCCAAACACGCCUGCUGCACAGUAUGACCUGUUUAUUCUUGCACUCUGAGAUGGGGGGCUGUAACCAGGAAUUCAUUAAUUUGAUGAUAAAGGAUGUAAAAGAGAGCCUGUAAGGAGUUUGGAAAUGGAAUCUAGAGAGAGUUGUUUGUAGUUGUUAUAUUGGCCCAUUCUAACGUAGGAAAGGCUGCAGAUCAGCCAGAGUGGGAAACUGUGUUGUUCAGCCAGUGAAUCAAACAGUGGAAACACGUGUGUGUGUGCGGCUUUCUAGUGUGCAGUUCUACAUGUACAUGGAUGGCUAUAAUCCACUACAUAUCUUGUAUGUAAACUUGUAAUAUUCUGCAUGUCACGCCAACACUGUAAUACGAUAAAAGCUGACAUUGGUUGAUUCCUAUUGAUGCACCAUAAGCUGGUGUCCACUUCAUGUUGGUCUGCAACUUUGCGUCUUUGAAUGUUGUGGCUACAGCUGGUCCUGUGGCUCCUCUGCUGAUAAUCAUCUGUUACUCUGCACAUAAUGUCUUCUCUCAGGACUCACUGUUCAGAGGCUAUGCACACGGGGGAAAACCAAAGACAAGCUGCAGCUCUAUGGCUUGUCAGCAGUGUGACAGUGGAAGACAUCACGUGGGUGAUUUAGAUUUGGUUGCUGCUUUUUUUUUUCCUCCCCUGUUUGUUUUUGAUAAAUGCCCCCCCCCACACAAAAUCCUACUAUAAUUUCCUCUGCCUUACUUUUCUUCACUAGAACCAUGAAAAAUGUAAUGCUACUGUAUCUCUUACUGCAAACGCCAAAAAAUAAAUGACAAUUAAAAUAUUACACAGUUACUAAUGAAUGAAAUUACUGGGGUCAGGAGAUAAAGGGAGACACUCGCAAUAGUUUUGUCAUGUGUAACAUUGCAAUAAACUACUCUGGACAUUUCAAAA